AUGUCAGAGUUUGACGAAUGCCUCUCCCUCACAAGAGGAGAGUGGUACAAAGAGAGGAGUGGGAGAGCCAGACAACAUAACCCUCCUGGUUAUGACUGCAGUCUGAAAAUAGACACACUGUCAAAUGAUCACUCUGGUGUGUAUCACUUUCGGUAUUACACAACGCUGCACAGGAGCUGGAUAACAGGCAGAUCUGGUGUUGAGGUGUUUGUUACAGAUUUGGCGGUGAGGGAGGAUCCUGAUGUGGGGCAUCUAGGUCAAAUCAAAUUGAACUGCAGCGCCCUCUGCAGUCUGGGCUCAGAUCUUCAUUAUAUUUGGUAUAAGAAUGGACAGCGUCUACGAGACAAAACCUCUGCCUCCAUACUACUGGACGCAACUAAACACUCUGAAGAAGGAAGUUACUCCUGUGCCAUCAGUCGUUAUGAAAAGCAACGCUCCCCUGCAGUGUGUGCUCCAGAUACACAGUGUUGGGGUGUGGCAUACACGUCUCAGGGCAUCUGUGUCUUAAUGGGGUCAUCGGUGGACAUUUCCUGCACGUACAAAUACCCAAGAGAUCACAGGAUCAAGAAAACAUUCUGGUUUAACCAUCACAAAUCUAAUCAACGACCCCAAGACCUAAGUUUGGACAGUAAGUACGCAGCUCACAUGGAGUAUCUUGGAAACACGGAGAGGAAUUGCACCGCAAGACUGAAAGACAUCAGAAUGAGUCACUCUGGAGAAUAUGGCUUCGGGUACAUAACAGACCAGGGAGGGAAUCAUUCAGGAUUACCUGGAGUCUACAUAUCUGUUACAGCUCUGCAGCUGUUGGUACAUCCUGAUCCGGCAACAGAAGGAGAGGAAGUCACACUCACCUGUAAUACUACAUGUAGUGUGAGUGACAACUCCUCCUUCAUCUGGUACAAGAGUGGGCAACCUGUUGUGACCCUUAAACACACAACCAGAGACAACAAGCUGCAUCUAAACCCAGUCAGCAGUGAGGAUGCAGGCAGCUACUCCUGUGCUGUAAGAGGACAUGAUGGUCUUCCCUCAUCUGACAAGUUCCUCAGUGUUUUAUACAUGCCAAAGAAUACCUCAGUGUCCAUCAGUCAUUCUGGCGAAAUCGUGGUUGGGAGCACAGUGACUCUGAACUGCAGCAGUGAUGCCGACCCACCAGUGCGCAACUACACCUGGUACAUGAAGAGUGGAGCUGAAUCUCUUCUUAGGGGCACAGGGGAGACCAUCAGCUUCAAUGUGACAUCUGAUAACACUGGACUAUACUACUGUGAGGCACAGAACGAACUAGGCUCUCAUAUGUCCGCUGGAAUUCAUAUUCUUACAGACGGGCAACCACGUAUCGCCAUGAGCAUAGCAUCUGGAACCCUUAUAUUGAUCGUUCUGGCUUUACUGCUGGUAUUAGGACUUGUGUGGCUGAGGAAGAAGAAAACUGCCAUGGUGGUAGAUGUCAGGACCCCAAAUGCUGCCAUGCAGGACGAGGCCAGUCCAGUAAGCAGCAAUGUCUACACUGUAACCGUUGAUCCAGGACAGACUGAGGAAUCCCACGUUCAACAGGACGUUCUGUAUAGCAACAUUUCGUUCUUAUACUCCAACUCCGCCCAUGCUUCUAGGCCAGAUGACCAGGUGGAAUAUACUUCAAUUAAGCCCUUCAGAGCAAGCGCUACUUCCAGAACUGAGAAUGACAGUGCAACCUACAGUACAGUCAACAAACCCAGGACAACUUGAGAGACCUUCUCCUGCAGAACAAUAUAUGCCCAGAUACUGUACACUUCUUUCUUACUUUCCUUCAUUUUGGUGUUUAGUAAAAAGUUAAAUAAAUGAAUAAAUACAUACAAUAAAUAUGCUGAAAAUAAAGAUGCUGAAA